AUGGACUCCCUCACCGGGGCUCUUCAGCGAGUCACCGUCGAUGGAGGAGACGGUCCCCUCGCGGGUGUUGAAGAGUCUCUGUCUCCUUCCGAGCGAGCUGCCGUGUUGAAGCUCAAGGAGCUGCAGGAGCAGCACGCGUCUUUGUCGGCAAUGUUCGAAGCAGCAGUUUUGAAGCUCAAGUUGGAGUUUGAAGAAAAGUACAAACCCUUAUACCACCGCAGACUCGAAGUGCUGCUGCAGCAGCCCCCAGCAGCAGAACAACCCGCAGACAAACCCCCCACUGGCACCCCCGGUUUGCCAUGUUUCUGGCUGCGGGCAUUGAAGGCCAACCGGCUCUUGGCCGACAUAAUAGAAGAACACGACGAGGGGCCCCUCUCUUACUUGCAAAACAUUCGCUGCGAAUGGUUAGUACCCUCAGGGGCCCCUGGGGGCCCCCCUGGGGCCCCCCCCGGGGGCCCCCCCUCGGGGGCCCCCCCGGGGCCCCCCGCCU